AUGACCAUGGAAGACACCAACAAGCGACCACUGGAUCAUAAUCAGUUAAAGGAAGAUCCGGCCUCAAAGAGAAUGAAGGCGGAGAAAACCCCACGUGAAUUAGCUGCUGAGGCGAAGAGAGAGGCUAAGAUGCUUGAACAGGAGCGUAAGCAGGCGCUCAAGAGACAAAAGAAGGCAGAAGAGGAGGAAAGGAGACGAUUGAAGAAAUUGGCAGAUGAGGAGGAACGUCGUUUGAAACGUGAGAAAAUUGAAGCCGAAAGGAAAGCACGGAUAGUACAGAAGGAGCGUGAGCGAGAGGAGAAAAUGAAAAGAAGACAGGAAGAGUUAAGACUGCGUGAAUUGGAACGUAAACGUAAAGAAGAGGAGAAGCUGAAACGUAAGGAGGAGGAGAUGAAACGUAAGGAGAAGGAGAGAUUGCGAAAAGAAGAAGAACGACAACGUAAAUUAAAAGAAGAUGAUGAAAAACGUCAAAGAAGAAGUAUAACAAACUUUUUCAAGAAAAACACGAUUUUGGUACCUAAAAGACAACCAGGGAAUGACGAUGAAGGGAAAACAGAAUUUCAGAAAUAUUUCCUACCAUUCCAUAUAAAUCAAAACGUUGUCCUGCAUACCCCGAAUUACGAAAUCGACAACACUUGGGAAUCCUUUCUCAAUGACCCAUCGGGGUUCACUAUACCUAAGAGCUCACAGGAACCUAUCAGUAAAGAUUCUGCUGCAACCACACGGGCAUUCGAUGUUCUCCAGCGUUUAAAUGCAGGAUCACUGGAUGAGGCAAGCAGGCUCUUCCCUUCGCUGCCAUUGAGGUACAUCAAGUUUUACGAGAAUAGAAAACCCGCAUAUGUUGAGACGUUCUCAUACACAGUUGCUGAUACUGAUACUCCGGAUCUAUAUCUAAACCCAUGCACACGCGUACACUUCAAAUGUGAACAACGUGUCAUUGAUUAUGAUAUUGAUUCGGAUGUCGAAGAAGGCGAUUACGAUGAGGGAGAAGGAGAAGAUUUGGAUUCAGCUGAUGAUGACGACGACGAUGACGAUGACGACAUGAAUUCUUCAGACAUUGACGAAUUUGUCGAUGACGAUUCUAAGUCGGAGAAAAAACGGAAAAUAAUUGGCCCCUUAGUACCUAUAAUACGACAUUAUCAGCAAGAUAUUGAUGAAAACGACGAGUUUGGACAACAGUUCAAAUCGAUACACUGGGAACUCAUUGACAGCACCCUCACGCUACCCAUUGAUCCAUUCAAGGAUUACUGGACUGAACCAAAGACACCCAAAAAGCCUACUGCUGUCACCAUCGAUUCUCUCAUUGCUUCAACACCGCCAAACGCAUCAGUAUCUGCAGCUGUAGUUGCAAGCGCCGGUACAGAUACCAAUACAAAUGGAGAAGACUCUACAAAUCCAGCAUCUCCGUCUACACCAUCCACCUUAUCUGUGAAGAAAAAAGUCAUUACAGAACCAGAACACGUCUCAGCCCUUCUCACUUUUGUACAAAACAAUUCGUCCUUCUCCAUCAACACGCUUGCCGAAUUGGCUGCUAAGGAUAACGUAUGUGGGCCUCUACUGGCAAAAUACUCAAGGGCAGUCCUGAAAAACACAGUAAAGGAACACGCUUCCUUUGACAAGCGAACAGGUUGGAAACUUUCAUCAACUUGA